AUGGGAAUCCAAGGUCUCACAAAACUGAUUUCCGAGCAGGCUCCAGCAGCAAUCAAGAGUCAUGAAUUCAAAAGUUACUUUGGUCGCAAGGUAGCAAUUGACGCGUCAAUGUGCAUUUACCAGUUUAUGAUUGCAGUCAGACAACAGGAUGGCCGAGUAUUGACCAAUGAGGAUGGUGAAACGACCAGUCAUCUUAUGGGUAUGUUCUAUCGUACUAUCCGUAUGGUAGAAAACGGUAUCAAACCAGUCUAUGUAUUUGAUGGAAAGCCUCCUACCAUGAAAUCUGGUGAGCUUGCAAAACGUAAGGCUCGUAAGGAAGAUGCUUUAAACAAAAUGGAAGAAGCCAAUGAAGUUGGUACUACUGAGGAUGUUGCACGCUUUGAAAAGAGAACAGUGCGUGUGACAAAGGAACACAACCAAGAAUGCAAGAGAUUAUUAAAGACUAUGGGUAUUCCCUAUGUUGAGGCACCUACUGAAGCAGAGGCUCAAUGUGCUGAACUUGCAAAAGCUGGAAAAGUAUUUGCUGCUGCAUCCGAGGACAUGGAUACAGUUACAUUUGGAUCUCCUGUAUUGCUCCGUCACUUGACAUUCUCUGAACAAAGAAAGAUGCUUAUUGAUGAAAUCAAUCUCGAUGCUGCAUUGAAAGGUAUGGAGUUGGAUAUGCCUCAGUUUAUUGAUCUGUGUAUUAUGAUGGGAUGUGAUUAUGUGGAGACAAUCAAGGGUGUUGGACCCCAGCGUGCAUUUGCAAUGAUCAAAGAACACAAGACAAUCGAGGCUGUAAUUGAACACCUGCCAGAGAAGUUGAAGGCUAAUGUACCCGAGAACUGGAAGUAUGAUGAAGCAAGAGAAUUGUUUGUUAAACCAGAUGUACUUCCUGGAUCUGAGGUUGACUUAAAGUGGGAAACCCCUAAUAUCGAUGCAGUUGUUCAGUUUAUGGUCAAUGAAAAGGGAUUCAAUGAAGAGAGAAUUAGAAAGGGAUGUGAAAAGUUGGAAAAGAACUUGAAGACUGCUUCUCAGAGUAGAAUGUUGGACUUUUUCAAGGCAUCUCCAUCCACAGCAGCUCCCAAGAAGCGUGGUGCCGAAGACACUGCUUCAAAGACUGCCAAGAAAGGACGCAAGAAGAAGUAA